AGUUCAGCUGGAGGCGCUGCAGUCGCGUGCGGGAGAACCCCAGGGAAGGGGUCUUCGCGUUGCAAUGCACGCGUUUUGUCGGUGCACGUGUGAAUGCAAACCUAAGCGGCCGUCGAGGCGCUAUUAAUAUAGAUAUUGCAAGGUCAUACCGUGAGUCUCCUGAUGCAGCGUACAGUGGCUGUCCUUGGUGGUGGGGUGAGCGGCCUCGCUGCCUGCUACUAUCUGGCCAGAAGCCCCCAAGCACCCAAGGUCAUUCUCCUAGAAGGUAGCAGCCGUCUCGGAGGCUGGAUCCAUUCCACCCGCACAGAGGAUGGGGCCGUUUUCGAGCACGGACCCAGAGGGAUCCGUCCUGCUGGAGCAGUGGGGAGAAACACCCUACUAAUGGUCUCUGAACUUGGCCUUGAUGCAGAUGUCCUUCCAGUCUGUGGUGACCACCCUGCCUCCAAGAACCGGUACCUCUAUGUUGGUGGAUCCCUGCACAAACUCCCUUCUGGCAUUGGUGGCAUCGUCCGGAGGGUCCCGCCUUUUACUCGUCCCUUGGUUUGGAGCGGGCUCAAAGACCUGACGGCCCCCCGAGGCUCCGAGGCAGACGAGAGCAUCCACGUCUUUGUGAAGCGCCGCUUUGGCCAAGAGCUGGCCGACAUCAUCAUCGACUGCCUUUGCCGGGGGGUGUUUGCUGGAGACUGCCGGGCACUGAGCAUGCGCUCCUGCUUCCCAGCAUUAUUCCAAGCGGAGAAGACACACCGGUCAGUCAUCUUAGGCAUGAUCCUUGGCGGAGGAAAAAGCAUCCCUGCCGACUCUCCGCUGAUCCGCAGGGCCCAGAAGGAGCGCUGGAGCCAAUGGUCACUGCGCAAUGGGAUGGAGGCCCUGCCUGAGGCUUUGGCAGACUUCUUGAAGCACCGUGCGGUGGAGAUCCACCGGGAUGCCUCUGUGAAGCGGCUAGACAGAACUGCAACUGGCCGCUGGCAGAUCUCCCUGGAAGAUGGCGUGGUGGAAGCCGAUCAUGUGAUCAGCGCAUUGCCUGCCAAAGCUCUCGCCAAGUCGCUUCCAAACUGGGCCGAGCCGCUGAGCCGAGAGCUGAGUGCCUUUUCGACAGUGUCGGUGGGGGUCGUGAACUUGCAGUACAAAGGUGUGAAGCUUCCUGUCAUGGGCUUUGGACAUCUGGUGCCUUCCUUCGAAGACAGUAGCCUCCUGGGCGUCGUUUAUGAUUCCGUUGCCUUCCCUGAACAGGAUGGAUCCAGAGGACCUGCUGUUCGCCUUACGGUGAUGCUGGGCGGGGCCUGGUUCACACCAAGUCUGGGUGACCCAGACACCAUCUCUGAUGCUACCCUGGUGAACAGAGCACGAGCGGCCGUGAAGGAACAGCUGGGGGUGUCUUCCGAACCCUCUCGCACCAUCGUCAAGGUGCACAAGGCCUGCAUUCCACAGUAUACUCUUGGUCACUGGAAAAACUUAGAGACCAUCGCUAAUUACCUCAAGGAGCGGCAGCUUCCCCUCAGCCUAGUCGGGGCUUCCUACGAGGGGGUCUCCGUCAACGACUGCAUCUUCAAUUCCCGCAAGGCCGUGUCCAGCCUUCUUGGCGAGUCCUCCUGAGGGGCUGGGGGGGGGGGGGCGUUCUUCCCUCCGCUUUGGGGCUCCAGUGCCAAAUUGCUCCCCUCCUUCGGUUUGCCAGAGGGUCAGCUUCCGUGAGGCAAACAUCCCGGCGCAAGGAAAUUGAGGAUUUCUGUCAGCAGGCUGGGAAGGCCAAUAUUUUGAAAUAACCACUAGAAGUGACCAUUUGGAGUCCGAAAGCUGCUUCUCGCUCCCCCUUGGAACAAAAGUGUACUUAAAGAGAAAGUUGAAUGUCAUCUUGCCCCAUCUCCAAACCCCAUAACGGACCUUGCCUUGCUAUGGUGCAUCUGCGACCCUUAAUUAAAAUACUACCACUUCUUGUGCUCUUAACUGGAACAAGGUCUAGAUCUGGCCAGAAAUUUGAGUGGGUCACGCGAUCAUGUAAAAAACAUAUCCUGAAUUGUGAGGCGCCGCUUAUAUGUAAAAGCCGUUGCGCCACAUCUGACCAAUGCUCUUUGUAGGCCAGCUUUUUGUUUCACACAGAGUCUCUGGGGCCUUGGAAGGCUCAUAGGCCAGGCAUGGAGACCAAAGCUUCUCCAAACACUAGCAUUCUGAUAUCCUGCCUUUGAACAUGGAGGUUCAAUUCAACUGUCAUGGCUGAUGGCUGAUGGCAGACCCAUCCUCUGUCAACUGGUCUAAUCCCGUUUAAAACGGAGUAAAUGAGUGUGUCCAUUGCUACAUUCUGUGGCAGUAAAUUCCAUGUAUUUGUUACUCUGAAUAAAUACUUUGGUCCUA